AAUGGCUGAGAAGAAGGGGAGGGAGGGAAGGAGAGGACUGUUCUAAGCAGAGGGCUCAUGUUGGUGUGCAUGCAGCCGGUGUAAUGUUUGGGUGUCUCCACUAAUUCGCUAUGGAAAACCUCUGCUUUCUUGGGAGACUACUGUACUCGGCUUGAAUUUAGGAUACUCUCCAUGGGGCGGCAUCUGACUUCUAUAAACUUUUGGAAGCCUCAUUAACAGAUAAGUUAAAUGGAUAUGAUUUGAUUGAAUUGUUUUGAUGACGGAAAUGUAACGGGAUAAGUUGUGCAACAUGUGUUGUACUCUGUGGGCAAGAUUUUGGUCUUAAGUCAUGUGAAUUCUCUAAAGACUAUUAUCGAUAAGCCCUGCUUCAAUCUACUGGUUUUGCGUUUCAUUCAAACACAUCUUGUAGUGCUGGAAAAUAUGCUGGUUUGAUGCGAGUGCAAGUAUGCAGUAUAUUUGCAGUUCUGUUCAGCAAUCUGUGUGGCAGACUAGACCCCCUUAUUAAAGACUGGUUUUGCACAGUGGGCUAGCUCUGAUGGGGAAAUUGCUAUGGAGUGAAGGAAGUGUUGUGUCUUUUUGUUAAGCUAUCUUGCUUCCUUUUCCUCUUUCACUCCUUAAGUUUAGACCAAAGUGAGGCUUACGAAGUCAGGAAGCAACCCUUAGGAGAAGAGGUCUGACCAUGUAGAAUCAUGCGUUUGAAUUUUGGAGUCAUAGGGGACGGAACGAUAAAAGCUUUUGCAUGUGCCACAUAUACUGUAAAUAAUGUGUGGUAACAGUGAGGUUUAUUCUGAGGUUGACUCUAGUUUAUUGUGUGGCAGCAUGCUGGAUCACUGAGACUGCAUUUGUGAGUUUGCGUGUUUGUCAGAUCCAGCAAGGCUGCCUGCCAGCAAGACAGAUAUGGGCAGCAAUUUCUCAGUGGUGUAGUGACUCUGAUUCUGACCCUGGAGUUUGGAACUCAAGCAAAGGCGCCACUGGCCAAUGGAAAUUUUGGUUGGAAUACUGAAGUGGAACCCGCAUUAAACGUGUGUACGCUUUAAGCCUACAGCAGAGCAUUUCACUCUCGACAUCUCGAGCUUUCUUCAGGGCCCUGCAAGACCAUCUAAGGAUGAUGAAGGCACAGGUUUUGUUGCUGGCACUGCUGUGCCUGCUGGGCUGUGUGUCCUACAGUGGAGCUUUGUCGACAUGCAAAACUUUGAACUUGGAGCUGGUGAAGAGAAAGCGUAUCGAAGCAAUCCGAGGGCAGAUCCUCAGCAAGCUUCGGAUGACCAAGGAGCCAGAGGUGGCCGUAGAAGAAGAGGAAGACGAGGUGCCGGCAGAUGUGCUGUCUGUCUACAACAGCACGGUGGAGUUGAGUGAAGAGCUGAUGCAGGUCACGGAAUCUUUUCCAGAUGCAGAGGAGGAGGCAUACUAUGCCAAAGAGAUUCACAAGUUUGAUAUGACCAUGAGUCCAAAUAACACAGUAAUGCUGUUCAACAUCACAGCAAUGAAGGACGUUUUGGGCCUAGACCGUAUGGUCUCCCAAGCUGAGCUACGUCUUCAUAUGAGGGACACUAAAUUACCUCCUGGUACAGAGCAGAGGUUAGAGCUGUACAAAGGUGCUGGAGACAAGGCACGCUAUCUGAAUUCCCAUUUCAUUACCAGUGAGUUAAAUGGAAAGUGGCUGUCCUUUGAUGUAACACAUACUCUAAAAGACUGGCUCAAAAAACCUGAGAAGGAACAAGCAUUCCAGGUAAAGUUGCACUGUGGUUGUGGUGAACCUGCCAAAAACUUUCACCUCCAGAUAUCAGGCAUACCCACUGAAAGAGGAGACAGAGCAAACCUACAAGCCAGAAUGCAGAAGAAGCCACACAUUCUAGUGAUGUCACUUCCCUUGGAGCGCCACAGUCAGCUCACUUCAAGGCGGAAGCGGCAAGCUGCAGCAGAAGAAGUUUGUUCUGAGCAGUCAGAGAACUGUUGUGUGAGGAGACUUUAUAUAGACUUUCGGAAGGACUUAGGCUGGAAAUGGAUACAUGAACCUUCUGGCUAUUAUGCCAACUACUGUAUUGGCUCUUGCUCCUAUGUCUGGAACGCAGAAAAUAAGUAUUCACAGGUACUGGCUCUGUACAAACAUCAUAAUCCUGGAGCGUCAGCCCAGCCCUGCUGUGUGCCCCAGGUCCUGGAUCCUUUACCCAUCCUGUACUAUGUGGGGAGGCACCAUAAGGUAGAACAACUGUCAAAUAUGAUUGUGAAGACUUGCAAAUGUAGCUGAACGGACCACAUGGUUUUCAGAGUCUCUCUGCUGAGCGGAGUGGAGAGGAGACAGUGCCAUACUGAGAAGGCAGCCAUAGGUACAGGAGAAAAGCAUUGUCCAUAGAUUAAUUUAACAAGUCUGAUAUUUGUUUGUUAUUUUCCAUGGACUUUAUUUUUAUGAUUUCAGUUUAUGAGUUCAGUGUCCUCUAGACAGUUCUAUAACCCAUAGAGGUAAUAAAGUGAAAAUUAAUCUUACUGUCAUAUGUAUACUUUGUCCAUGUGGACCAUUCACGGGCUCCAUGUAUUCCAUCUCGGAAGAAUUCUCUGAAUGCUGCAUUUUGUUUAUCUUAUGAAUGGUUCUGGACCUGAUGUAUUGAUACUCUGUCGGUAGCAUUCAAAUGUAUAUUUAAAAGUGAUUACGCCAUUGAAAGUGCAUUUGCGUUUACAUAAUCAAAGCAAAUUGCUUGUGUCUGAUUCGAGUAAAAAACAGAAAACUCCCCCAUAUGUGAGAUUAUUGCUUUUGCAGCUCUGUACUUAGCUGAGGUGAAUUCCAGUGAUUUUACAAUCUUUCUGGGUGAUUAAUGACUCAGAUGUAAAUGCACUCAUUUAUAGUGGUUUGGUGUGAAAUGCUUCUUUUUAGAGAAACGUACUGAGUCAGAAUUGUUCACAAUAGUGAUAAUAGGAACCAGACGUCUAAAGAAUUGAAUGCCUCUAAAAGCUACCUCACAGAAAGGUAUUACACAACGUGGUUUCAAAUACACUGCAUGAAGCCUGACACAUUAUUUUACAAUAGGUUAGACAUUAGGUUUUGGUCUAAGCCUUCUUUUUAAAUUUAUCAUGGAGCGGAACAUGCAGGGAUUUGUAAAAUAGCUUAUCACUAUUUUACCAUUAUCAGCAUUAUUUAUAAUAACUCAGAUGUGUGAGUUCACUGGUGGUUUUGGAUACUAAAUAAAAUGCCUACAUGUGUGUGACAUUAUGAGCCCUGGUUCCCAUCAUCACCACUGUAAAUAAACCCAUCUGUCUGUAUUUUUCUCUACAAUGAAACAUUUCACAUCAAACUACUCUGAAUUUACAUCUCAGCCAUUGAAUUAUGGAGAAAUUUAGAAAACCAGUGGAAUUCCCAUUUAAGUGUUGUCUUUGCUUGCAUGUUAAUAUUACCUUUUUUUGAAGCCAUUGUAAACAAUAUAUUCUGUACUUCAUAACAGAUGAACACAAACAUUCUUUUAAAGGUGGGUGUACUGUUGAUUUUGACCAGAGCUUUUCUGUUUGGGGCAGUGGUCACAGACACGUGUUCAUUAAAACCAUUCCACAUGCUAAAUUUGUAUAUGAGUAAAAAAUAAACAAACGCACACAAA